CCCAGUCUCAAAAAAUUCUGCUCAAACAAAAAUUACAGGUAUAGACUUCAAAGAAGAAAAUCAUAAUUUCGUCUAAGUUUCCACCGCAGAAAGAUACAAUUUUGGUGGUUAGUAUUACUAUAUGUCAAACGCAGGUGUAUUAGAUUUCCCCUUACAUUUUCUACCACUAACUUAGUAAUUCCCCCACAAAGAUCUUCAUCGACUCCAUUCUCUUCGACAAUUAAGCCAUUCAAGAUGUUAGAAUUUCUCAUUUAUUUCCGCAAAUUCCAGGCUUUAUUGGUUUUAAUUUCUUCAAUUUAUAAAAUGAGUGCCUUUUCGGAGAAUUUGGAAUAUUUUGUGUAGGGUUCUUUGAUUGGGAAUUUGGGAAUUUUUUUGGGGUUAUGAUCAUGCUCGUCAAUAGGUUUUUGAUAUAUGAUAUAGGAGAUAGUGUGAUUUGAGGCAAAUUAUUGGACAUUUUUAUUAGGAAGGCAGACGGAUUGUACUAGGGAGAUGGUGGCUUCCAAUGAAUUUGUAUCAGAGGUGGGUUUAAUUAAUCUACAGUUGGUAGGGAGAAAAUAUACUUGUUGCAAAUCUGAUGGGUUUGCCAUAAGUAGAAAUGAUAGAUUCCUAGUUAAUGCAGAAUUUUUAGAUGAAUGGGGUGCUUGUUGUCAUGUGGAACUUCAGAGAUCAGUAUCUGACCACUGUCUGGUGGUGUUUAAAGCAAACAAUGUAGAUUGGGGGCCAAGGUUGUUUCAGUCAAUAGAUGGAUGGCUUGAAGUUCCUUGAUUCAGGGAGAUUAUUAAGGUACAAUGGGAAGCAGCUAGUGUGGAAGGAUGGGGUGGUUAUGUCUGUAAGGAAAAAUUGAAAGCACUCAAGUCGUUUCUUUGAAGGUGGAAUAGAGGAAUUUGGUCUUUUCGACAAAAGAGAUAGAAGAAGCUAAAGUGAAAAGAGGGAAGAUUGACUUGAAGAGGAAAGAUCAAGAGCUGGAGUAAUUUAAUUUGAUAUACUGCUAAGAAAGGAAGGGGUGAAUGAGUUGUGGGAUGGGCUGAAAAGAACGGAGAGUUUAUGGAGGCAGAAGUUGAGAGCAAAUUGGGUGAGACUUGGGGAUGCAAAUUCACAUUUUUCCACAAAAUUAACAAGUUUAUGAAGAGCAAGAACUGGUAUUCAAGGCAUUUGGAAUUCAAAAAAAGAUGGCUAGAGGCAGAUUUUACUAUUCAAGAAGUGAAGGCUGCUGUGGCAGAAUGUUGCAGCAAGAAGUCCCCAGACCCUGAUGGAUUUAAUUUCAAAUUCAUCAAAUUUGCAUGGGAAAUUCUAGAAGAAGAUGUUAUGAGAUUUACGCAGGAGUUCUAUGCAAAUGGUAGACUGGGGAAAGUUGAGAUAGGAUUAUUUGAGGGACUGCAGAUCUGGCAUGGUGAUUUAUGUAUUUCACAUCUUCAAUUUGUAGAUGACACAAUGAUCAUAGGGAAAGCGAAGUCGGAGCGUAUAUGGGCCAUAAAAGGUAUCCUAAGAUGGUUUGAAUUGAUGUCUGGCCUGAAAAUAAAUUUCAAGAAGAGAAGUAUUCUUGGAAUGCAUUUUGAUGAGGUAUGGAUGAAGGGAGCUACAGAAUUUCUGAAAUGUAAAAGAGGUGUGGUGCCAUUUGCUUGUUUGGGUAUGCCUGUUGGAGAUAAUCAGAGAAAGAGGAAGAUGUGGAUGCUGAUUGUGGAAAAUUUUCAAAAGAAUCUAUUAGAUUGGCAAACAAGAUCCCUGUCCUUCAGUAGUUGGCUCAUCUUCUUAAAUUUGGUACUUUCUUCUCUACUGUUGUACUACUUUUCUGUAUUUAAGGUACCAUUGUUUGUUGUGAAUAUGUUAGAAAAAAUUGAAAGAGAGUUUCUUGGGCGUAAGUGGUGGGCAAGGUUUGAGGAAUGGGCAGGAGGCUUGUGGUCAAGGGUGUUGAGGGAGAAGAAUUAUAUUCGUAGGGGUGGUACUAGGGUGAAUAAUUACAGUAGAAGGUUGUCAAAGGUAUGGAAGAUAUUUUUUGUAGUGGGGUAUAGAGGAGAAAUCUAAGGAUGUGAUAGGAAAUGGGUUUGGCUGGAAGAUAAGGGAGGGUAAUAGAAUAAAGUUCUGGGAAGACAUGUGGAUUGGAGAUUCUGUGUUAGGGGAGGUCUUUUCUAGGCUGAAGAGAAUUACAAAUUAUGAGGGAGGAUGAAUUAAGGAGAUGGGGGAAUGGAGAAAUGAUAAUUGGUGCUGGAAUUUUAGAUGGAAGAGAAAUUUGCGUGGGAGGGAAUGUGAGGAUGAGAAAAAAUUAUUAGAAAUGUUGGAAGGGGUGAGGCUGACAAAAGAGUAGUGGGACAGUUGAGUAUGGAAGUUCCAUAGUAAUGGUUUGUAUACAUCCAGGAAAGCAUAUGGUUUAAUGAAUAGAGGUCAAAGGAUUUUGGAUGCAGAUUUAUGUAGAGCAGGUAUGAAAUAAACUUUUGCAACGAAAGGUGUGUUUCUUCGCACAAAGAAUGUUCCUGGAUGGAUUACCAACAAAGAAGAAGAGGAAUUCUGGUGGAGAGAGGAAGCUCAUCAUGUCCAUUAUGCUGUGGAGAGGAUGAGGAUUUGGCUCAUGUCACGAUAAACUGUAGAUGGACGCAACAGAUUUGGAAUAAAUUAUUUGCAUGGUGGGGGAUUCAAUGCUUGCUAUCCGAUUCAAUUUUCAAUGCAUUUAGACAACUUUCCCAGUUAUGGCAAAAUGGAAAGCUUAAGGAGAUCUGGUCUUUCAUGUUUAUGUCCAUUGCUUGGCAUCUGUGGGGAGAUAGAAAUAUAAAGGUUUUUGAUGCUACCGAAAUCUCCGAUGAUAGAAUGGUGGAGAUAAUUCAAAUUAAAACAUUUUUAUGGAUAAAGGGUAAGUUAAAGAUAUAUAUGUACAAGUUCAGUAGACUUAUUAUAGUAGAUAUUUGUUAUUUUUCGUAAAUUGGAUUUGUAAAUUAUGAAUAGGUGUAUCUUUUGUAUUUCAAAUUAAUAAGGGUUUUUUUA